AUGUUAUUUAGUUUUGAUGUUGAUUCGAAAAUUGAGAAAGCAUUGGCCGAGAACUCUAAGAUUGAGAACACUGCUAUGCCACAGAAUUUGUGUGAGAAGUCAAACAUGAAUGUGCCACAAAGUAUAUCUAGUAUUCUGAGUUGGGUGAAUUAUGUAUCCAGAAGGCAAAAAAUAGUAAUGGCGAAGAGGCGUUGUCCAAUGAUAGAGCUAGAUAAUAAACGACAGGCCAAGUAUUGUCUAAGUAAAGCAAUAACAGCAGAUCCAAAAGAUAUUAGUCUUCAGUUUCACCGUGCGUCAAUCUAUGUUGAGCUUAGAGAAUAUCACAAAGCUGCUGAAUCAUAUGAUCAAAUCUCACGCUUGUGUCCUGAUAACAUCAAAGUACUUAAGACUGCCACAAAGCUGUAUAAAAAAUGCGGCCAACGUGAGCGAGCUAUCUGUAUCCUUGAGGAUUAUCUCACAAAUCAUGUCAAUGAUGCUGAUUUAAGUAUGGUCGAUCUCUUAGCUUCAGUACACAUGGAAGGCGAAGCAUAUAACAAAGCUCUUGAACAUAUUGAGCAUGCGCAGCAGGUCUACUGUGCUGGGAAAGACAUUCCACUGCAUUUACUUAUUAAAUCUGGAAUAUGUCAUGCUCAUCUUAGACAGAUGGAGAAAGCAGAGGCUAUCUUCAGUGUUCUGCAGCAGGAGAAUGCAUGUACUCAUCCGCACUUAAUAAUUGAAGUUGCAGAUUCACUGAUGACUGUUGAGCAGUAUGAAUCUGCACUGAAGUACUAUAUGAUGUUAGACGGAGAUGGAAAUAAGUAUAAUGGGUAUCUACAUCUGAAAAUUGCCAAGUGUUAUGUUUCUCUGAGGAAAAGAGUACAAGCAAUCGAAUAUUUUUACAAAGCUAUUCAUCAACUUGAUGACAGUGUUGAUGCUCGGUUAACUCUAUCGUCUCUUCUCCUUGAAGAAGGUAGAGAUGAUGAAGCCAUUUCUGUGCUGUCUCCUCCAAUGGAAUCAGAAUCAGCACUUGAGCCAACUUCACGCAUAUCUAGACCAUGGUGGCUUAAUGGAAAGAUAAAGUUGAAGCUUUCUCAAAUUUAUAAAGCUCAAGGGUCCUUUGAGGCUUUUGUAGAUGUGAUUUUUCCUGUAAUUCGUGAUACAUUGUUUCUCGAAACUUUCCAACAAAAGGUUAAAGCCCGGAAACGGCUUUCAACUACUGUUCUUCAUGAAAGGGCGAAGGUUCUAGAUGACUAUCAAACUGGUAAUGUGUUUCAGGGAUUUAAGCCUGUUGCUUCGGCUGCAGAACUGUCAAAAGCUUCCAGAGCGAAGAGGUUGCUUCGGAAGAAGGCUACAAUAAAGGAAACAAAAAAAGCUGCAGCAUUGGCUGCUGGGAUUGAUUGGAAGAGUGAUGAUUCAGAUGAUGAGUGCCCUAAAGAUUUGCUUGAGCCUCCGUUGCCAAUUCUAAAAAAUGAAGAGUACCAUCAUCUCAUCAUAGAUUUAUGCAAGUCCUUGUCAGCCUUGCAAAGGUAUUGGGAUGCUUUACAGAUCAUCAACCUGUGUUUGAAACUGGCAUGCAACACAUUGUCUCCUGAAAGGAAGGAGGAUCUUCGAACUCUCGGAGCUCAAGUAGCAUAUAACAUUUCAGAUCCUGCACAUGGGUGGGAUUGUGUGCGUUACAUUGUGAGUCGGCAUCCUUACAGCUUCUCUGCCUGGAAUUGCUACUACAAAGUAAUGUCGAGAAUGGAUAAUCGGUAUUCAAAGCACAACAAAUUUUUGCAUAGCAUGCGAGUCAAGCACAAAGAUUCUGUGCCACCAAUUAUGAUUUCUGCACAUAUGUUUACCAUGAUAAGUCAGCAUCAGGCUGCUGCUCGAGAAUAUCUGGAAGCCUAUAAACUUAUGCCAGACAGUCCCUUGAUCAAUCUCUGUGUGGGAACUGCCUUAAUAAAUUUAGCCCUUGGGCUCAGACUUCAAAACAAGCAUCAGUGUAUGGCACAAGGACUUGCAUUCCUGUGUAACAAUAUCCGACUUUGUGACAACAGCCAGGAAGCAUUAUAUAACAUUGCUCGGGCAUAUCAUCAUAUUGGUCUUGUUUCUUUGGCUACCACAUAUUACGAGAAGGUAUUGGCAAUGCCUGAGAAGGAUUAUCCCAUCCCAAAACUUCCAAAUGAGAAUCAGGAUCCUAUGGAUUAUAAAAGGCCAGGCUACUGUGAUCUUCGUAGGGAAGCAGCUUACAAUUUACACUUAAUCUAUAAGAAAAGUGGAGCAAUUGAUCUUGCUAGGCAGGUCUUGAAAGAUUAUCUUACCUUUUGA